AUGUGUGCCCUGCUCUGGGUCCUCUCUGUCGCUGUCAUUGCCACAGUGACUUCCCUAUGCCUGUCACACAAGGAUGAGCUUUGCCAGAUGUCUCUUGUCUCCAUGUUUGUCCUCAACUUCCUCAUCUUUGCCCCAUUCAUGGUCAUCUCCAACGUGAUCCUCUUCAUUAAGGUCCACUGUGGCUCCAAGAGACGUCAACCUAAGAGGCUCUACAUCGUUAUCUUCCUCACUGUCAUCUUCUUCCUCAUCUUUGGGGUUCCUCUCAGCCUCUUGCAUUUCCUGCAGCAGCUCAGCUACUCCUUUGUGUCCUCCCAGGUUGCUUUCCUGCUUGCCUGCAUCAACAGCAGCACCAACCCCUUCAUUUACUUCCUGGUAGGGAGCUGCUGGAGGCGCUGUUCCCUGGUGUCCCUCCAGGUCGCCUUCCGGAGGGUCUUUGAGGAGACGGCGAUCACCACGGUCUCCAGCUAA